AUGAACUACGGAAUGCCGGGAACACCACAACAAGGUCAAGGUCCGCCGCCUGGAUAUCCAGGACCACCCGGACCACAGCAACAGGGACCACCUGUUGGUUGGGCAGCGAUUCAGGCAAAGGUACAGUUUACAUUUAGAAUUAUGGGCGGGAAACUUAUAAUUUUCGAAAAAAUGCAAUUUUAAACGAUGCUCCGCAAUUUAUACCUGGGUUUUAAGGCGGGAAACUUAAAAUUUUCGUUUAAAAAAAUUCAAUUUUUAUUUUAAACGAUGCUCCGCGAUUACACCUAGGUUUUUAGGCGGGAAACUUAGAAUUUUCGACUUUUUCGGCUGAAAAUUGAAAAAUAUUGUUUUUACAAAAUUUUUCAGAAAUAUUUUCAGUCUGAAUUUGGUCUGAAAUUAAAAAUCAAAUUAAUUUUAAUUUUAAUUUCGAGAAAAAAAAGAUUUGGAAUUUUUUUAAAAACAUUUUCAGCCUAAAUUCAGCCUCCAAUCGCAGUACAAAUUAAUUUUAAAUUUAAUUUUCGGAAAUUAAUUUCUCAAAAUUAAAUUUAUAUUUUGAUUGGAGGCUGAUGAUGUGAAAUUUAACUAAAAAUCUUGCUCAAAAAUUUUUUUCUGAAAAAAAAUAUUUCGAAAAUUCCUCCCCACGUGAACUCUUUUUUUUUCUCACGCAACCCAGUUUUUUUUCCUAAAAAUCCUCAUUUCUAAUUCCCAAUGUUCAACAAUUUCGCAAAAUUGAGCAUUUCUGAUGGUUUUGAGCUCAAUGUACCUUUAAAAAUUGCUCUUCUCAUCAAAAAAUGAAUUUUCUCAGCUCCAUCAUCAACAUCAAACACAACAUCAGCAACUUCAACUUUCUUUGCAAACUGGCCAAAUCACACAAGCACAAUAUGGUGUAGCGCUUCAAAAUUGUGAGUUUUUUUUAGAUUUUUAAGAAAAUAAUUGAAAUUUUGCAGUGAAUAUGAAGGUUAAUACAAUCAUGCAACAACAAUAUGCCGCUUUUCAUCAGUGAGUUUUUUUUAUUGUAACUAGACUCUAGUUUCUCCCCCAGAAAAAUGAUUUUUUUCUCAAGAAUCUCUGAAAAUUGAUUAAUGUAGGCGUUUUUAAAGGAACAUUGCAAGUUUUAAAAAACGAAAAAAAUUUGAAUUCCUAGAAAUUUCGCGGAAAAAAUCCACGUGGCUCUAAAUUUGAAUUUAAGAGCAAAUUCCCGCCAAAGUUCCACGUUGCUCUGAAUUUGGAUUCUUUCGAAUUUGAAAAUUUUCCCACCAAAAAUCAUGGUGACACAAAUUUGAAUUUAACAUUUUCCCGCCAAAAAUCCACGUGGCGCUGAAUUUAAAUCAAAAUUCCUAUUUUUAUUCUAGAUUUUUGUCUGUAAAUUUCAGAAUUUUAUUAAAAAAUCUCACAUUUUCUUUUAUUUUGUGCUAAAAAUCCACGUGGCAAAAUUUUAAUCAAAAAUUUAUUUAUUUUAAAUGAAAAAAUAAUCCAGAAUUUUAAAAAUCCUUGAUUUUCACAGUAGAACUCUAGAUUUUUGGAUUUUUGUCUGAAAAUUUCAGAUUUUUUAUGAGAAAUGUCGAAAAAACAUUGUAGGUCAAAAUUAGUUUUUCGAGUUUUUCAGCCAAAAAUGAUGACAAAUCAAUAUUUUUGAAGGUUCUGGUGUGAUUUCUAAUGAAAAUUGACCUUGGACUUCACUAUUCAGAAAUUUUUGCUGAAAAUGAGGUUCUCGAAGCGAAUUUUCAUCAGAAAUCACUCCAGAAGCUUCAAAAAUCUCGAUUUGUCAUCAUUUUUGGCUGAAAAAUCAGCUCUACUGAAAAUAGGCCAAAAAUCCACGUAGCUCUGAUAUUAAAUCGAAAUUUUAUAGCUAGAAAUCCACGUGGCAAAAAUUUGAUUUCCUAGAAUUUUCGUGACUAUCUGAAACAAUUAAAAAACAUCCAGAAUCUUUAAAAUCCCUGAUUUUUUGUCUGAAAGUUUCAGAUUUUCAUGAAAAAAUCUUCUGAAAACAGGCCCCAGAAUUCGAAAUUCCAGACGCUACCCAAAUGAAGCAGUUUGGCGUCAACAACAACAGCAACAAAUGGCAGCGGCUGCGGCUGCCGCAAAAGAACCGCAAACCGCCGCCGAACGCAAGAAAAUGACGCAAUUAAUGGAGAUGCAAAAACAAAGAAUGGCUCAACAACAACAACAACAAAAUCAUAUGAUGAUGGGAAGACCCGGUGCACCGGGACCACCAAUUCCAUAUCCACAAGGAACCCAACCUGGAAUGAUGCCAAGAAUGCAAAUGAUGUAUCCACAAGGACCGUCGUCUUCCGGUGGACCGGCAAGUGUUCAAGGAGGACCGCCGAGUGUGCAAUCGGCGAUUAAUGCGUCGCCACAGUUGGCGCAUAGUUUGCAGCCUUCGACGCCGAGUAAGAGUUUUGUUUUGGACAAUUGUUGAUUCUGGCCAAAUUUUUCUCAAAAAUUGGUUAGAAAUUGACCAAAAAUCUGAAAAUUUGGCUAAUUUUUGAUUUUGGCCAAUUUUUGAUAAAUUCAUUGUUUUGGCCAAAUUUUGCUCAGAACUUGACCAAAGAUCCCGAAAUUUAGUAAAUUGUUGAUUUUGGCUAAUUUUUAAUAAAUUUACUGUUUUGGCCAAAUUUUUCUCAAAAAUAGGUUAGAAAUUGACCAAAAAUCUGAAAAUUUGGCUAAUUUUUGAUUUUGGACAAAUUUUACUCAGAAAUUGACUAAAGAUUCUAAAAUUUGGCCAAUUUUUGAUAAAUUCACUGUUUUGGCCUAAUUUUGCUCGAAAAUUGUUCAGAAAUCACAAAAUUUGGCCAAUUUUUGAUCAAUUCACUGAAAUUUCCAAAAAUCUGAUUAAUUUUACCAAAAGUGAAGCCGAAUUCAGAAUUUUUGAUUUUUUUUCUAAAUUUUGAAAAUUUCAGUUUCCACCUGAAGUCAAAAAAAAUACCUGUGAAUUUUUAGAGCUUCAAAAAAUCAGUAAAAUUUCAAAAAUAUAGUUUUCGACCUGCUGAUCAUGAUUCCAUUGUCUAAAAUUACAAAACUCAACUUCUAAUAUGAGUUAUGACGUGGCAAAGUUUUUCUCUUCGACCUCGAAAAAAUAGGUUUCAAAAAGUUUUCAUAUAGAAAUUUGAGUUCGAAAAAAUUAUCGCUGAACUACUGGCUAUGCUAUCAGAUUUGUAUGAAAAUAAUUUGCGAACGUAGUUUUCAGCUCCUGAAAUCUCGAAAUUUCGAAGUUUGCCACGUCAUAACUCAUGUUAGAAGUUGAGUUUUGUAAUUUUAGACAACGGAAUCAUGAAAACUACUAAAUAGAAAACAUUUUUAAUUUCCAGGAUACCCAGAACACGGUCCCCCAUCAAUCCCAGCACCCGGAAGUAUUCCCCAACCCGGAAGUGUUCCACAAGACGACCCGCAAAACGUGGAAUACAUGAAAGUGCUACGAGAAAUGAAGGCCGAAUAUUUGGAGCGGGUAAAAGCGAUCUACGACAGAUGUACCAUGGAAAAAGUCGAUAAACCCAAGGGUAUCUCACAAUUAUUGGAAAUCUUAGAAGAGAAGCGGAAAGUUCCGAUCGCCACGUUGCACAAAGUUCGACCAUCUUUGGUGGUAUUGGUGACGCGAGAUUGUUUGACAUUUCCAUUGAUGGAUGAAUUGAGGCGGCAAUUAUUUGAGGAUAAAGAUGAGAGAGAUAAAGCGCUUGCGAAGACGCAGAAAACGAUGGAAACUAUUGUGGUGCAGCCGACGACUUCGGCGCAAGCAGCGAUUGCGAAUGCGUCGAGUGGAACUAGUAAUUAUGACAUGAGCGCUGAAGAUGAUGAUGAUCCGGAAGAUCUGAGGCUUUCGGAUAAUUGGAAGAGUUUUCGACACAUGCGAAUUCGAGUGCCGCAAUUUGUCAAAGAUAUGUUGAAUGAGCAUUAUGAAAGAGUUGAAAGAAAACGGAAAAUAGAGGGAGAAGAUGAGGUGGAAAAGAAGAAAUUGAAGGAGGAGGUGGAAAUGGUUGAGGAAGUUGAGGAAAUUGUGGAAGAGGAGGAGAUGGAGGAGAUUGAGGAGGAUUUGAAUGGGGUUGAGACGAAAUAUCUGGUGAGAUUUGGUUUUUUUUUUGCGAAAUGCGGUUUCUUGGCGCAUUUUUAGCAUUCUUGGCUCGAAAAAUCUGAAUUUUCAACAAAAAAUGCUCCAGGGCUCAAAAAUUUGAAUUUUCCACGAAAAAUUCGCCAGGAAAAAGUUUCCUUGACGCAUUUUUAGCAAUCUUGGUUCCAAAAAUUCGAAAUUUUGUACAAAAAAUGCUCCAGGGGUUCUUUGGCUCGAAAAAUCUGAAUUUUGUACAAAAAUUGCGUCAGCGUAGAGUUUGAUUGGCGUAUUUCUAUUAAUUUUAGCUCAAAAAUUCGAAAUUUUGUGGAGAAAAAAUGCUCCAGGGGUUCUUUGGCUCCAAGUAUUCGAAAUUUUGUACAAAAAUUGCGUCAGCUAGAGUUUGACUGACUCAUUUUCAGUAAUUUUGGCUUUGAAAUUCUUAAAAUCCUGAAAAAUACAAAAUUCUCUGUGAAAAAUGCGUCAGCGAAGGGUUUCCUUGGGGUAUUUCUAUUAAUUUUGGCUCGAAAAAUCGAGAAUUCAAAAUUUUCUACAGAAAUUGCGCCAGCAUAGGGUUUCCUUGACGCAUUUUUCGCUUUUAAAUCUGAAUUUAAAAUGAUUCUACAAAAAUUGCGUCAGCAAAGGGUUUCCUUGACGCAUUUUUAGCAAUUUCAGCCUUGAAAUUCUGAAAAUCUUUAAAAAUUCAUUUUUCUACGAAAAACAGCACUCAAACGAUUCUGAUAAAUCUGAAAAAUUUCCCGCAAUUUUGAAUUUAAAAAUUGGCUGAAAAAUCUAAAAUUUCAAGAAUUUUCAAGAAUUUCUAUGAGUUUUCACAUUUUUUCUCUCAGUUUCGAUAUUCUACUGAACAUUUGGACUGAUUUUCCAUCGAAAUUUCAACCAGCGAAAAUUAUGUUUCAAAAAUCAUAAUAAUAAAAACCCCUUCUUGAAUAGUGAUUUUUUGAUUAAUUUUUGAUAAAAAUAAUAAUAUUUGGUUUCAAACUAGACUCUAGUCCAGUUAAAUAAUUUUUCCCUCCAAAAAUCUUUAAUUUUGAAUUUCUCCACAGAUUCAAUGUCUAUUCGACAAUCGAAAACCAUGGAUAAUGCCGAAAAAAGCGAGAAUCGAGCUGGAAACUGUGAAAGGCUGGUCAAUUGAUGAAUUGUGUUUGCCAGCAUGUUCGACGACUCCAUUUGUUGUGAUCGCUUUCAAAUCUCAAGUGGUGGGUUUUGGGGUUUUUGGGAAAAUUUAUUUACGGGAAAAUUGGAAAAAAAUCGUGUCAAAGCUCAUUUUAAAGUCCAAAAUUCGGAAAAAUUAUCAAAAUUUGGGCAAAAAAAUGUUCUUCAUAUUUUUAAGCUUUUUUUCAAAAAGUUCAAAAAAAUAAUAUUUUGUAAUAAAAAAAACAUUUUUCCUAUGCAGAAAAACGUCGAAAAUAUACAGUUUAUUAUUUUUGAGUAGAGACAAUGUGAAAUUGAGAGAGUGCAGACAGACAAAUUGAUUUUUUGUGCGGUCUGCACUCUCUCAAUUUCACAUUGUCUCUACUCAAAAAUAAUAAACUGUAUUUUCGACCAUACGUCGCAUGCCAGGGGUAAUCGACCCGUGGAGGGGUUAUCCCUCACACCAAAUUUUGGAGGGGUUGUCACUUGAGAUAAAAAAUUUUAUGAAAUUUUCUCAGUUUUGAUGAUAAUUUUCUCUACAUAUUCUGCCAUAGGGAUACCAAUUUAACCCUCAAAAAAGUUUCCACAUAAAUAUCUAAUUAAAUUAGCGGUAGCAGGUCUUCAAUAGACCCUUAUCAACUAUUCUCAACGAUAAAAUCUAAAGAAUUAAGCCUGGUAUCAAGAUGGGACCACUAUGUCAUUUUUCACCUCGGUUAUCAAAGAACACAGGGGUAAGUAGGUUCUUAUCAACUAUUUCCAAGAAGGGAAGCUGUAUUAAUUUCAAAAACCCUAAAUCAAAUCACCAACUCUGAGAAAAAAAAUGUGAUCGUAAUUGUAGAUUACAUUACUAUUCUGUAGAUCGCUGACUUUUAAUGAUAUUGAAAUAUAGAUCGCGGAUUCGAUAAAGUAAAAAACCUUACAGAUUUGAAAUCGAGAAUUUUUAAUUUUGAGAAAUAUGAAAUUUUGUUCAUCCAAGAGAUUAGUUUUAAAAAGAUCAUAUCAAAUCUAAAAUUUCGACGUUUUUCUGCAUUGGAAAAAUGUGUUUUUUUAGAUUACAAAAUAUUAUUCUUUUGAACUUUUGAAAAAAAACUUAAAAUUAUUUCAUAAAUUUUUUUUCGAAACAUUUCCGAGUUAAAAUUUUUCACAAGAAAGUCUCCCAAAUUUUGAUAAUCCAGGAUUUUUUUUUAAUUUUUCACCACAAAUUUCGAGUUUUUGCAGUUGAUGUGUAACUCAUUGCGUAUCGCAAUUCCACGUGGAUAUCCAAAAGAUCCAGCCUCAGUUCAAUACGAUCGAAGUUUCCCGCAAAACACAUUCAUCGGCAUACAAUUGCAAAAAUUGUUCGACAAAUGGCUGGGAAUUCGACCAAUUGCCAGAAAUAUUGCCGAUUAUUGUGAUGCGUUUGAAAAUGCGGUGCAAGAGUUCAAAUUGUAUCGACAAACCACGUCGGUUUUGAAUGGUUGGUUUUUUUUUUGUUAAAAUUCUCAAUAGAGCGCAUUUCGCAAUUUUCAGGCGCGAUUUCAGCCCCAAUCGCUGCUCCAGAAUAUGAUGCCGUUGUGGUGACGGCUAAACCAACGAGUAAAAUAGCUCACAAGGGUAUGGUAGCUUAA